GCACACGCACACGGACAAGACGCGCGGCAGGUGAGCGUGCCCCUCCCCGCCCCCUCCAACAUGUACGUGAGCUACCUGCAGCUGGACAAGGACCCCCCCAUGUACCACCAGAACCCGGUCGGCAGACACCCGGGCCUCAGCCUCAGCCCGCAGAACUACCCAGUACCGGCCCCGGCCCAGUACCCGGACUACGCGGGCUACCACCCCGUGCACCACCACGGCCUGGGCCCGGCAGACCCCCACAACCCUCACCCCCCGCACCCCCCUCAGCAGCAGAACGGCGCCUGGAGCCCGGCCUACCCGCCCCCGCCUCUGCCUCCCCCCUCUCAGUCCGCGCGGGACGACUGGGCCGCGCACCACUACGGGACCCCCACCGGGCCUCCCGGGACCACCGCCGUGGGCCCCAACCUGGGCUACGGCCCACCGGAGUUCGCCGGGCAAUCGCCGGGUAUGUUGGCCGCCUCCCUGAGCGCGCCCGCGGGACAAGGGUCGGCCGCGUCCCCGCAGAGGAGAAACGCCUACGAGUGGAUACGACGCGCGUCCACGCCGCUUGCCAACCCCAACGGGAAGACUCGCACCAAGGACAAGUACCGAGUGGUCUACACGGACCAUCAGCGACUGGAGCUGGAGAAAGAGUUCCACUUCAGCAAGUACAUCACCAUCAGAAGGAAGGCGGAGCUCGCCGGCGCCCUGGGCCUAUCAGAGAGACAGGUGAAGAUCUGGUUCCAGAACCGGCGAGCGAAAGAACGCAAGAUGAACAAGAAGAAGCUCCAGCAGCCCGCCUCCUCCACCACGCUGACCCCGCCCGCUGGAGGGGCUGGCAGCGUCGCCAUGGUGACCAGCAGCAGCGGCCUGGUGUCUCCUUCUCUGUCCAUGAACAUUAAGGAAGAGUUCUGAACUACUUCCUGUCGGCCAUCUUGGAGACGCUUACAUCAUUCUAAAAGUGAACUCUAUUUUCCGUGGCUGCGCCGGUCGGGAUAAUAACCUUGAACGUUGCUAACUUUACAAAGGUCACAUUACCCACGUAGCAGCUCGCUACAUUAGCAUACUGAAAGCAGUUAGCUACAUUAGCGUGUAGAUGCUAUUUAACCAUGGGGCUAGCAGUUAGCAUGUUGAUGACAUCAUACUGUUAGGCUAGCACUUAGCUACAUUAGCAUGUUGAUAGCAUCUUGAUGCUGAGUUAGAAUUUAGCUACAUUAGCAUGUUGAUGACAUCUUGAUGCUGAGUUAGAAUUUAGCUACAUUAGCAUGUUGAUGACAUCUUGAUGCUGGGUUGGAAUUUAGCUAUAUUAGCAUGUUGAUGACAUCUUGAUGCUGAGUUAGCAUUUAGCUACAUUAGUAUAUUGAUAGCAUCUUGAUGCUGAGUUAGAAUUUAGCUACAUUAGCAUGUUGAUGACAUCUUGAUGCUGAGUUAGAAUUUAGCUAUAUUAGCAUGUUGAUGACAUCUUGAUGCUGAGUUAGCAUUUAGCUACAUUAGUAUAUUGAUAGCAUCUUGAUGCUGAGUUAGAAUUUAGCUACAUUAGCAUGUUGAUGACAUCUUGAUGCUGAGUUAGAGUUUAGCUACAUUAGCAUGUUGAUGACAUCUUGAUGCUGAGUUAGCAUUUAGCCACAUUAGUAUGUUGAUAGCAUCUUCAUGCUGAGUUAGCAUUUAGCUACAUUAGUAUGUUGAUAGCAUCUUGAUGCUGAGUUAGCAUUUAGCUACAUUAACAUGUUGAAUACGUCUUGAUUCUGAGUUAGCAUUUAGCUACAUUAGCAUGUCAAUGACAUCUUGAUGCUGGGCUAGCAUUCAGCUAAAUUAGCAUGUUGAUAAAAUCUUGAUGCUGAGUUAGCAUUUAGCUACAUUAGCAUGUUGAUAGCAUCUUGAUGUUGAGUUAGCAUUUAGCUACACUAGCAUAUUGAUGAAAUCUUGAUGCUGAGUUAGCAUUUAGCUACAUUACCAUGUCAAUAACAUCUUGAUGCUGGGUUGGCUUUCAGCUAAAUUAGCAUGUUGAUAAAAUCUUGAUGCUGAGUUAGCAUUUAGCUACAUUAGCAUGUUGAUAGCAUCUUGAUGUUGAGUUAGCAUUUAGCUACACUAGCAUGUUGAUAGCAUCUUGAUGCUGAGUUAGUAUUUAGCUACAUUAGCAUGUCAAUGACAUCUUGAUGCUGGGUUAGCAUUCAGCUACAUUAGCAUGUUGAUGGUAUCUUGAUCCUGAGUUAGCUUUUAGCUACAUUAGCAUUUUGAUAGCAUCUUGAUGCUGGGUUAGCAUUUAGCUAUAUUAGCAUGUUGAUAGCAUCUUGAUGCCUAGUUAGCAUUUAGCUAUAUUAGCAUUUUGAUAGCAACCUGAUGCUGAGUUAGCAUUUAGCUACAUUAGUAUCUUGAUGACAUCUUGAUGCUGAGUUAGCUGUUAGCUACAUUAGCAUUUUGAUAGCAUCUUCAUUCUGAGUUGGCUUUUAGCUACAUUAGCAUUUUGAUAACAUCUUGAUGCUGAGUUAGCAUUUAGCUACAUUAGCAUGUUGAUAGCAUCUUGAUGCUUAGUUAGCUUUUAGCUACAUUAGCAUUUUGAUAACAUCUUGAUGCUGAGUUAGCAUUUAGCUACAUUAGCAUGUUGAUAGCAUCUUGAUGCUUAGUUAGCAUUUAGCUACAUUAGCAUGUUGAUAACAUCUUGAUGCUGGGUUAGCAUUUGGCUACCUUAGCAUGUUGAUGAUAUCUUGAUGCUGGGCUAACAGUUAGCUACAUUAGCAUGUCGAUGACAUUAUUUGACAACUUGAAAGCACUUGAGUGUUAUUUAAAAACGGUCCCCUCUGCUUGUUUUUAUGACAUUAAUUGGCGCACAGGUGGACAUCCCGGCCCCUCCCACAGCUGCCGAUCGAAUUGUGGCUGGGUGUUGCCAUGGCAACAACAAACUUUUGAUUUCAUUUUGAUUUUUUUUUUUCCCCACCCCGUUUGUAUA